AUGUGUAAAAUACAACUAUAACUAACUAUAUGGAGAAUAAUGGACGAUGUGAUUUGUAUAUUCGGGAGCUGAGGGAUGCAAGUGAUGUCAUGAGUGCUCAAUUCUUUUUCUUAUACAUUAAAUAUUAAUUAUUUAAAAUUUUAUGUUUGACUCCAAGUCGUUCAUCUUUCCGGAUUUUCAAAUUUUUUUUUAUAUACAUUGAUCUGUCUAUGUGUGUGUAUAUAUAUAUACACACACAGAAGAAGAUUAAAACUCCCUCCCCCAUCCUCUCUCUCUAUUUAUACACAUACACACACAGUAGUCUGCAACUACCGAGUCAAUCAUGGCGUUUCCGUACAUGGAAACUGUUGUUGGUUUUAUGAUAUUCAUGUAUCUCUUUCACACUUAUCUUGACAUUCGGCAAUAUGCUGUUCUUAAGCUGCCCUCACUUCCAAAAACUUUGGAAGGAGUGAUCAGCCAAGAAAAGUUCGAAAAAUCCCGAGCCUAUUCUCUUGAUAGAAGCCGCUUCCGUUUUGUUCACAAGUUUGUAACUAUAGUGUUGCACUCUGCAAUUUUGUUAUCGCGGUUAUUUCCCUGGUUCUGGAAGAGAUCAGGAGACUUUUUGGUUUUUAUUGGCCUCGAUGCCGAGAAUGAAAUAUUACAGUCUCUUGCAUUCUUAGCUGGUGCUAUGAUUUGGUCACAGAUUACUUAUUUGCCUUUUUCUCUGUACUCAACAUUUGUGAUCGAGGCCCACCAUGGUUUCAACAAACAAACAAUAUGGUUAUUCAUUAGGGACAUGAUUAAAGAAAUCGUCCUAUCCAUUAUAAUUGGGCCGCCUAUUGUGGCUGCAGUCAUUGUAAUAGUACAGAAUGGAGGUCCCUAUAUUGCCAUCUAUCUUUGGGCGUUUCUGCUUGUUCUGUCCCUCAUGAUGAUGACUCUUUAUCCGAUUUUAAUAGCACCGCUUUUCAACAAGUUCACACCACUUCCAGAUGGAGAGCUUAGGGUGAAAAUUGAGAAUCUUGCUUCGUCCCUCAAGUUUCCCUUAAAGAAGUUGUUCGUUGUUGAUGGAUCCAAAAGGUCAAGCCAUAGCAAUGCAUAUAUGUAUGGAUUCUUCAAGAACAAGCGCAUUGUCCUUUAUGACACAUUGAUUCAACAGUGCAAAAAUGAGGAGGAAAUCGUUGCUGUUAUUGCACAUGAACUGGGUCAUUGGAAGCUUAAUCAUACAAUUUACUUUUUCAUUGCUUUUCAGGUUCUUACAUUUUUGAAAUUGGGAGGAUAUAGUCUUGUGAGACACUCAAAGGAUCUGUUCCGGAGUUUUGGUUUUCAUACGCAGCCAGUCCUCAUUGGACUGAUUAUAUUUGAGCUCAUUGUACUACCUCUCCAGAAUCUAGUCAGCUUUGGUAUGAAUCUUGUAAGCCGAUCUUUUGAGUUUCAGGCUGACGCCUUUGCUAAGAAGCUUGGUUAUGCAGCAGCACUUCGAGCCAGUCUUGUGAAACUGCAGGAAGAAAACUUGUCAGCUAUGAACACAGAUCCUUGGUACUCUGCUUAUCACUAUUCUCAUCCUCCCCUUGUUGAAAGAUUGGCUGCAAUUGAUGAACAGCAAAAAAGAGAGACCGAGGGAAGAUAAAAAGAGAGACCGAGGGAAGCGUGGGAAUCCUGAAGUGAACACAUAAUUAGUUCAUUUUAUGCUUUCGAGCAUCAUUUUAUACUCGUGAAGCAGAACGUUGCAAAUGCGAGAAUCUAUAUAGCUUUAAUACCACUUUCCACGGAAUUACAAAUGAGGUACAAAAAAGAAGGAAAACUGGUAGAGGAAGUAGCUUAAUGUAACUGAAUUGUACUUGGACCUGUCAACAGUGACGGAACUAGUUUUUUUUUUUUGGUUUUGUUUUGAACUGUUCCAGUCUUGCAAUAUACAAGUAUUAAUAAAUAUUUUGUUCCUUGGUAUCUGAAUAA